AUGGACGUGCGGUCGGAAUCUCCGGCAUCGAAAAAGGUACACUGGACGGAGGCAGAAGACGCCAUUCUAUUUGACUACGUCAAGCAUCACGGCGAAGGAAAGUGGAACGCCGUCGCCAAAGCCACCGGACUCGCUCGAUGCGGCAAAAGCUGCCGCCACCGGUGGCUCAAUCAUCUGAAGCCGAACCUCAAGAAAGGUCCGAUUACACCUGAAGAAGAGCAUUUGAUCAUCCAACUCCAAGCCCAGAUGGGCAAUAAAUGGGCUCGCAUCGUCAAACACUUGCCUGGUCGCACUGAUAAUGAGAUCAAAAAUUUCUGGAACUGCAAGAUGAAGAAAUUUAAAUCUCGCGGGGUUGGUGUUGUUCCCCUUCCUUCGCCACCUCCAGUUUGGGAUCCUUCGAAUGUCCAGCAGCAGCAGCCGCCAUUGGUGGACUCGUCUCUUCUCCAACUUGUAGCUCUCGAAUCCAGGGCUCCUAACGUUCCCGUGCACGGUGUGCCUGUGCCGCCGUCGAUGCCUGAUAUUGUUGGUCAUUAUUUGCAUCCUGGGGCUAUCGGAGAAGUCAUGGAGAUCGCAGUAGCGAUGUUGCAGAGCAGGGGAAUUACAAUUCCUAAUUCUCUUCCACGAGUUCCAGCUCCUUCGCCGUCGCAGAUGAUGGCCAUAGUCAACGUGGAUCCUCAAGCUUCUUGGCCGACGAUGCCCGUGGCUAAUGUCGAUCCUCUAUCUCCUCUACAGUUGCCCAUGCCCAUAGUCAGUGUGGGUGAUCCAGCUCCUUUCCCGUCGCCGAUGAUGUCCAUGGCUAACGUGGAUCCUCAAGAUCCUUGGGAUGUGGAUCCUCAAGCUUCUUGGCCGUCGUUGCCCGUGGCUAAUGUCGAUCCUCUAUCUCCUCUACAGUUGCCCAUGCCCAUAGUCAGUGUGGGUGAUCCAGCUCCUUUCCCGUCGCCGAUGAUGUCCAUGGCUAACGUGGAUCCUCAAGAUCCUUGGGCGUUGUUGCCGACGAUGACCAUGGACAAUGUGGAUCCUCUAGCUCCUCUGCAGUUGCCCAUAGCCAGUGUGGGUGAUCCAGCUCCUUUGCCGUCGCCGAUGAUGUCCAUGGUCAACGUGGAUCCUCAAGCUUCUUGGGCGUCGUUGCCGACGAUGACAAUGGCCAAUGUGGAUCCUCUAGCUCCUCCGCAGUUGCCCAUAGCCAGUGUGGGUGAUCCAGCUCCUUUGCCGUCGCCGAUGAUGUCCAUGGUCAACGUGGAUCCUCAAGCUUCUUGGGCGUCGUUGCCGACGAUGACAAUGGCCAAUGUGGAUCUUCUAGCUCCUCCGCAGUUGCCCGUAGUCAGUGUGGAUGAUCCAGCUCCUUUGAUGUCCAUGGCUAACGUGGAUCCUCAAGCUCCAUGGGCGUCGUUGCCGACGAUGACCAUGGACAAUGUGGGUGAUCCAGCUCCUUUGCCGUCGCCGAUGAUGUCCGUAGUCAACGUGGAUCCGCAAGCUCCUUGGACGCAGUUGCCGAUGAUGUCAAUGGUCAAUGCAGAUCCUCUGCCUCCUUCGCAGUUUCCCAUGGCCGGCGUGGAUCAUCCAACUCCUCCGUCGCUGUCGAUGACUCCUACAGUUGGCGUGGAUCCUUCGUUGGAUCUUGGCGUCGAUUUUGAUUUUGAUUUCGAUAUGGACAUGAUGCAGUCAGCUCUAGAGUCUCUAGGUUAG